AUGCUUGUUUUCGCUCUUAUUCCUUUGCUAGUGAGCUCCGCCACUGCUCUUGCCUUUCCAGGUGCAGAGGGCUUCGGUCGUAACGCAGUCGGCGGUCGUGGCGGUACCGUUUACGUUGUCACGAACCUCAACGACAGUGGUGAAGGCUCGCUUCGUGAUGCCGUUUCCCUACCCGACCGCAUAGUUGUGUUCGCCAUCGGAGGGUUGAUCAAGAUUACAGAGCGCAUGAUCGUAUCAAAACGCAUCUCCAUCCUUGGGCAAACAGCACCUGGCGAUGGUAUCACAGUGUACGGCAAUGGCUGGAGUUUCAGCAACGCCGACGAUGCAGUCGUCCGGUAUCUGCGCAUCAGAAUGGGAAAAGGAGGCAGUAGUGGCAAAGAUGGCAUCACGAUUGCAGAGGGGAAUAACAUGAUCUUCGACCACAUCUCUGUAUCCUGGGGUCGCGACGAAACAUUUUCGAUAUCUGGCAACGAAGUCGGUAACAUCACUAUCCAAAACAGUAUCAUUGGCCAGGGUCUGCAAACACAUUCUUGUGGCGGUUUGAUGCAAACAAAUGUCGGGAACGGAAUCAGUCUGUUCCGUAACUUGUACAUUGAUAACAAGACAAGAAACCCAAAGGUCAAGGGCACCAAUGAUUUUACCAACAACGUUGUUUACAACUGGGGCGGAGGCGGUGGAUACAUCGCUGGAGAUUCGAGCGCAGCGAGCGAAGCGAAUAUCGUCGGAAACUAUUUCGUUAGUGGUCCUAGUACUAGCGUAACGGCAUUCACGCGGGGAAACACAAACUUUAAGGGAUACGUUGAAGGAAACUUCUACGACUCGAACCGCGAUGGUGUGUUGGACGGAACGGAGCUCGGUGUGGCGUCUAGCAACUACGGCGGCAUGAACAUCCAGACAACCAAAUUUCCUUUCCCAGCGCCCGAGAAAGUCUUGUCAGCGAAAGAUGCAUUGACACUUGCUGAAAAUUCUGUUGGUGCGAGUAAAGUCCGGGAUGCGGUUGAUGCGCGACUCAUUGAUGAGUUGAGGAGUUACGGAACGACGGGAGAGUUGAUCAGCGAUGAGAAUGCUAGCCCUAUGGCUGGGCCAGGAACUAUCGACGGCGGAGAGAAGUGGGUUGAUGCGAAUGGCAAUGGCAUACCUGAUGAUGUUGAAGAUGAGUUCAAGGACGUAGAGGAGUGGGCUAAUAGUUUAGUACCCAGUAGCUACUAA